CCUCAGUCGGAUGUGCAUACUUUCUUGCUAAACGCACUUUCACCAUUUACAUGAAGCAUAGGCUCAGUGUGCUUGCAAAGUGGGCUUCUCAGAGCCCACCCGAUCACCCCAGAAUGCCCAGUGGUCACUGCUCCUGUGCCCACCCCCAGCAGAAUUCUUUGCUUAAGAGGAGGCAGAUUUCCACCUCCUGAACACGGCUCUGGACUCGUGCUGAUGCUUCUCGGAGCUGUCUUGAGGGCUCCCCUGUGCUGGAGGGAAUUCUAUCCGAGGACUGCCUGUGACAGGACACCACCGCUGUACCAGUUUGGGAGCAAAAUAUGGAAUGUUCUUCACUGCUGACUGAGCGCAGGCAAAUGAACAGUAUUUAUAGUAGUGUGAAAAUCGGCAGUUAGCAGUUUGUUCACAUUCUAACACUACCAGAGAGAACUCAUUGUUUACAAGAAAUCUGCUUUCCAAAUCCGUUACGGUUCCCUCCAGCCUUGACUAUUAACUAUUUGCAAAGGGGAAACGGAUCUACGCUUUGGGGAAAGAUGGCAAUGGAAGAGUACCUGUGGAUGGUCGUUGUGGGUUUUAUCAUUGCUUUUAUUUUAGCAUUUUCAGUGGGUGCAAAUGAUGUUGCCAAUUCUUUCGGAACUGCCGUGGGCUCUGGUGUAGUGACUUUGCGCCAGGCUUGCAUUUUGGCUUCAGUUUUUGAAACUACUGGCUCGGUACUGCUGGGAGCAAAAGUAGGAGAGACGAUUCGGAAAGGUAUAAUCGAUGUUAACCUGUACAACGACACUGUGCCGCUGCUGAUGGCAGGAGAAGUCAGCGCGAUGGUUGGUUCUGCUGUUUGGCAGCUGAUUGCAUCUUUCUUGAAACUCCCAAUAUCGGGGACCCAUUGCAUUGUAGGUGCUACUAUUGGAUUUUCACUCGUUGCAAUUGGCACACAGGGAGUUCAGUGGAUGCAGCUUGUCAAGAUUGUUGCCUCUUGGUUUAUUUCCCCACUGUUGUCUGGCUUGAUGUCUGGAGUACUUUUUGUGUUGAUUAGAUUCUUCAUUCUAAAGAAGGAAGACCCUGUGCCCAAUGGUCUUCGUGCACUUCCAGUUUUCUAUGCUGCUACCAUUGCUAUUAAUGUGUUCUCCAUCAUGUACACGGGGGCACCAGUACUUGGACUGGUACUGCCAAUGUGGGCUAUUGCUCUGAUAUCACUCGGCGUGUCCUUAGUAUUUGCUGUCUUAGUUUGGAUUUUUGUAUGCCCCUGGAUGAAAAGAAAAAUAGAAAGUCGGUUAAAGAAAGAUGCUGCACUGUCAAGGAUAUCAGAUGAAAGUCUUGAUAAAAUUCAAGAUGAAGAAACACCAGUCUUUAAAGAGCUUCCCGGUGCCAAAGCGUCUGAUGAGAGCUCAGUUCCCCUCACUGGCUCAGUAACAGAAGCUGCUGGGGCAUCAGAUACUAUUGCAAAUGGAAACCAUCCACGUGUACCUUAUGGAAGGGCCUUUUCUAUGACGCACACCUCUGUGAAAUCCCCUGUCUCUAAUGGCACUUUCAGCUUUGAUGGCCAGGUGAGGAGUGAUGGCCAUGUCUAUCACACUGUGCACAAAGACUCAGGUUUAUACAAAGACUUGCUACACAAAAUGCACCUGGACAGGUCCACUGAUGAGAAGCCUGCUCAAGAAAACAACUACAAACUGUUACGACGCAACAAUAGCUAUACCUGCUAUACAGCUGCUAUCUGUGGCAUGCCUGUGCAUUCCUCAUUUAAGGCAGCAGAUACAUCGACUCCCGAGGACAGUGAGAAGUUAGUAGGAGACACGGUGUCCUACUCUAAGAAACGAGUUCGCUAUGACAGCUACUCCAGCUAUUGCAACGCAGUGGCUGAGGCAGAAAUUGAGGCGGAGGAGGGUGGAGUGGAAAUGAAGUUGGCCUCUGAACUCGCAGAUUCUAACAGGCCCCCAGAAGAUCCUGUGGAAGAGGACAAGGAAGAGAAGGACACGUCUCAGGUCCAUCUGCUCUUCCACUUCCUCCAGAUCUUAACAGCCUGUUUCGGAUCCUUUGCCCAUGGAGGGAAUGAUGUCAGUAAUGCAAUCGGUCCCCUUGUUGCACUCUGGCUAAUCUAUGAACAAGGAGGUGUCAUGCAAGAAGCAUCAACUCCUGUCUGGCUGCUGUUUUAUGGAGGGGUUGGGAUCUGCGUGGGUCUCUGGGUCUGGGGCAGAAGAGUUAUCCAGACUAUGGGUAAAGACCUCACUCCAAUCACACCCUCAAGUGAUCUUGAGCCUGAAUGGUUGGAUCGUGUGCAGAAAAAUGGGGAGUUAUUUUAUUUAGAAAUGAGCGAAAGUGAGGAAGAAACUUUACUUCAGAAUGCCUGUCCAGAAAUACCAUCGGUGAAUCAUGUCAGAUUUCGUGAAAAUGAAGCGGAAGUUAUUCAAGAGGGAUCACGGAAAGAAAGAAAGUAUGAACUGAAGAAACUGACAAAAAUAUUAAAGAAGAAGAAUCUUUUACCAAAGCAUUCUAGUAAGAAAGGAAGUGGAAGCUGUAAUGUGCGCUCCAGCGGUCCAACUUCCAUACUGAAACAUAACUCCACUCAGAAAAUGGGUGAAAUACAGCAGAAGUACAAAGACAUAUAUGUUUAUGUAAAUCCCAGAAAACUGUUGGAGAAUGCUGCAGAAGAUGAGCAGCACAGGCUGCUAGAGGCCUUGGUAGGAAUUGUCCAUCAAUCUUCAUGGAGCAGCAGAAGAGCAGAAAAACAAGGCAAGAAGGAUAAGGUUACCAGAGGAAUCAGUGAAGAGAAGCUUGUAGUACACGGCUUGGUGCCAGGCAGUUCAGCAAUGAAAACAGGCCAAAUCUUGAUUGGAGAUGCUCUAGUUGCUGUAAAUGAUGUUGAUGUGAAUUCUGAAAACAUAGAAAGAGUUUUGUCUUGCAUUCCAGGUCCUAUGCAGGUAAAACUCACAUUUGAGACAUUGGCAUUUGAACCUGAAGGAGCCUCUCAGCAAAGGUAUAAGCAGGAACAGUCAAGUAUGAACAACCUGCUCCGGCUUUUGUGGGGGGGAGACAGCAUGGACCUUCAGCAGGCUGUACAGAGCGUUCCUCAUAUUGUUAUGUUCCUCUCACUGAAACUGGACUCUGAAACAUCUACGGAUGAGCAAGAAAUUCUUUAUCAAUACCCCAUAUCAGAAGCAUCCCAAAAACUCAAAAAUGUGAGGGGAAUAUUUCUCACCCUGUGUGAUAUAAUGGAAAGUGUUACUGGUGCCCAGAUUCUCAGUUCCUCCCUUUUUGUAUGUGAAAAACUAGUUCAAGUUGUUUACUGGAAAGAAUGUGACAAGUUGCUUGUGAUUGGCCUUCCUGAAGAAAAUGUGUCACUUACUCAGCUGAGGAAUAUGAUUGAAGAUGUUGUCAGGACCUUAAAAUUUAUGUACAGCUCUUUAGACAGUGCUUUUUGCCAGGUGGAACAUGUUUCUCGUCUGGAUCAUUUUUUCAACCUGUUCUUCCAACGAGCACUUCAGCCUGCAAGACUUAACUCAAAUGCCAGCCCCAGUGUUCAACACUACACUACCUGCAGUGCAUUAUUCUUAGACAGUCUCCCAGGCUUGCGCUGGCUGACUUUGCCUCAGGAAAUCAAGAUGGAAAUUGACACAGCACUGAGUGAUCUUGAAGCAGCUGAUUUUGCUGAACUGUCUGAAGAUUACUACAACAUCAGAAGAUUAUAUAUGAUUAUGGGCUCUUGUCUCUUCUACAAGGGUUACUUGAUUGGCAAUCACUUGCCAAAGGAAGAUCUCAUUGAUAUAGGUUUAUAUAGCCAGCACUAUUGUCUGUUACCCUUGGCAGCAGAACAGAAGAUCGGUCAGUUAGUGAUAUGGCGGGAAGUAUUUCCACAGCAUCAUAUCCAGCCAUGUGAAGUGUCAAAUUUUACAGGAUACACUGAACCCGAAGCAAGAUACUUCUUAUUGAUAGUUGGCUUGAGACACUUUAUGCUGUGUGUUCUGCUAGAGGCAGGAGGCUGUGCAUCAAAAGCCAUUGGGAAUCCAGGACCAGACUGUAUAUAUGUAGACCAAGUCAAAGCCACUAUACUUCAGCUGGAAGGUAUAGAUGCCAGCAUUGAGGAGAGGCUAGAUUCUCCUUCCGUUCCACCUUUAUCUUGUGCUGACUGGUUCCUGCCUACAACACGUGACAAGCUGGAGAGCUUAACCACCUCACCUAUCCUAAGUAAGAUACAAAAUGCUUCUAGAACAGAAACUGCUCCAGCAAGCAAAAGGACUCUGUUUGGUGACUCUUCCUUAACAACACGUAAGCCAAGUCCUACAAGAAACAGUGGAGGACCCGACCAUGGUAAUGAAGCUCCUGCAGAAGAGGAAAGCAAUAAUCAACACACACUAGCAGAUCAGGUUGCUAGAAAAAAACAUACCCUACCAAAUCCAUUUCAUUUAGGAAACCUUAAGAAGAAUUUGUCAGAGAUGGACAUGGAACUUUUUAAUACUAUCAAGUUGACAUCUGGACCUGAGAAUACCCUCUUUCACUAUCUAUCUUUGGAAACAAUGCAUGGAAUCUUUAUCACUCCAACUCACAAGGAAGUCGCACGGCUCGGGGGCUCCAUCCACCCUCAGUUAAUUGAGAAUUUCCAUCGUUGCUGUCUUUCAAUUCGUUCAGUUUUUCAGCAGUCCAUGCUGAAAGAAAAAAAGAAGAAAGCAGGCAGUAAAGUCUCAGAAUUUAGUAGUACAGAUGAAGACUUAGGUCCUGUAAGAGAACAUGGAGUUUUGUUUGAGUGCUCUCCUGAGAACUGGAAUGAUCAGAAGAAACCACCACCAACACUGAGUUACUGGGUUGUGGGGAGACUCUUCUUGCAUCCAAAACCACAGGAGUUUUAUGUUUGUUUCCAUGACUCAGUUGCUGAAGUUGCUGUUGAGCUGGCCUUCAAGCUGUCCUUUGGCUUAGCUACAUAGAUGAACUUCCUGAAUAUUCAGCCAUCCUUGUUCUCCUCUCUCAAAGCAUUUAAGGGCAGUGAGAAAUGAACUCAAUUGAGAUGCCUGCUGAUGGCAUACCUUUGAAACGCUUUUAAAACGGUAAAUCUACCUUGUGAUUUGAUACAGGUGAAACUUCAGAGCUGAUUCUAAUGACCUGAUCAGCUGAAUACUUAAGAAAUUCCAGAGCACUGAAAUUGUUGUAUUUAUCUAUUGUCAAAUUAUUUAUCCUAAUUGUAACUUUAUUAUGUGAAAACCUCACAUAAUUAGUACAUUCACUGCUGUUCACUGUCCAGUAUUCAAUGUAAGAUGAUACACUCAAAUGUAAAAUGAUGUCCUCAAAGUGCUCUGUGAAUAUUUGUCAGUCACCGACAGGGAAAAGUAAAUUUCCCAAUUAAUGAAAAUUCUGUGCCUCUAAGCAUGUGAAAAAUACAGAAAUAUUUUCAGUAGCAUCAUGUUAAUCACAACAAAAAGAAACCUUUUAGAAGAAUAAUGAUGUUUAGCCACCCAAAACUAAUGGUGUAACAUUUUUGCUAGUGCACACUGUUAGACACUUGAGACCUACAGCGACUGAUGUUUUACCUGAUUUCAGGACUUUUAUCAUAAGUAAUGCUUACAUUUGUUAAACAAAAACAGUUAUGAAGGCACAUAAGAGGUGUGCUGAGGGUGAUAUUUUUGUUUAAGACCAAUGCAUGGAUAGCUACUUUUGUAUUAUAUUCAUAAUUUCAUAAUAAAAAAUAUAUAUUUUUAAAAGACCA